GGCGUCAAAAGAUCAACACGUCUUCGGAAAAUAGAUAUUCACUAGUUAUAUUCCUCUGGGACCCUCUUUUAAAUAAUUAUACCUGUAGAUUGCUUGAAUAUCAAUCUAGCGUCUUGGGUAAAAGGUGAAAAGAGUUCAAGCCAGCUGUAUUUUACAGCACCUGGAGAGAUCCUUUGAAAGGAACAGCUCAUUAGAGUAAACUUCGCUUAAUAAUUUAUGCGGCUAAAACAAAUCUUACCACAGAGAUUUACCAACAGGACACGCUCAGAAGAUGCAUAAAGCUGUACUGACGCUGGGGUUGCUCAUUAACAUAUGUUCCUCGAUUUGUAUCGUUUUCCUGAACAAAUGGCUCUAUGUUCACCAUGGCUUCCCGAACAUGACUCUUACAUGUAUCCACUUUACCACCACGUAUAUUGGCCUCCGCCUGUGCGCUUUCUUCAAUGUUUUUCAGCCAAAAAGGUUGUCUGUACUUAAAGUGGCUCCGCUAUCGUUGGCGUUCUGUGGCUUCGUGGUGUUCACAAAUCUCAGCCUUCAGAAUAACACAGUUGGAACAUAUCAGUUAGCGAAAGCCCUGACCACACCGACCAUUGUGGCAAUCCACACGUUCUUUUAUAAUAAGAGUUAUUCAACACAAAUCAAGUUAACAGUUAUUCCAAUCAUUGUGGGAGUGUUUUUAAACUCUUACUAUGAUGUCAAGUUCAACUGGGUUGGCACUUUCUAUGCAAGUUUGGGUGUGAUAGUGACAUCUGUCUAUCAAGUGUGGGUAGGAACAAAACAAAAAGAAUUCCAAGCAAAUUUUAUGCAGCUCCUGUAUUAUCAGGCCCCUAUUUCUGCAGCCAUGUUAGCAGUAGCUGUUCUUAUUUUUGAACCAGUAACAUCAGAGAAAGGACUUCUGUCUUCCUGGUCUGGAUCUUCAAUUCUGGUGGUACUAGCAUCUGGUGUGGUGGCUUUCAGUGUGAAUCUAUCAAUCUACUGGAUUAUUGGAAACACAUCUCCUGUGACAUACAACAUGGUGGGACAUUUAAAAUUCUGCAUUAUUCUCAUGGGAGGUUAUUUCAUAUUUCAUGAUCCACUCCGUACCAACCAAAUGAUGGGUGUGGCUACAACCCUCGCAGGAAUCAUAGCUUACACACAUUUUAAACUUGCAGAGCAGAAUAAUUUGACUCUGCCAACAGUCACCAGAAAAGUCUAAAAUGGACCAUGUGAACAAAAUAAGAAGAAAAAAAGAAAAAUUAUGAUGAAAUAUUUUAUGAAAUAAUAUUAAUAAUCUUGGUACCAAGAGAGGCGAUUGCUUGUUUUAACCCUUUAAAUCCUAGAUCAAAUUUUUAAUUCUCCUUACUGUCAACCAUACAAUUCUUACAAUGUUAGUUCAGAGAAUUUAGUAUUGGAUCAACUAAUGACCCCCUAAUUGGUAUUUUUCUUUAUUCUCAUCACUUGUCUGGUUGAUAUUGUAUUGAUAUUGUAAGGAGAAAUACUGUCUUGGUCACUCAUGGAGUAAAGGGUUAAGAAAAACAUACACCAGUGGUGUGAAGAAUUUUUCACUCAUUUGUCUUUUAAACUUCAUUUGGUCCUGAAUUUGACAUUUAUUUAAUAGAUUGAACAAAAUUGGUCGAGGGAGAGUUGGCCCCCAUUUCAGUCCAGGAUACUAAUAUUAAUGAUAUCAAUAGUGAUUAUUGUUAUUAUUUUAAUAAUAUACAUGAAAAAAUUAUGUGCCUCUGAUUGGCUUAAAACAAGUGCAUUUUUCAUUUAACAUGAGUGAAGUUGUAACAUGAGUGCAGGCUCAUGCAAUUUUGUUGUCUUUGAUAAAUUUACUCAUGCUUAUAAACACCCAAUUGCACUUGUAAUCACGUUUAUACCCAUACUAAUUAUUUACUGGGAAGCUCUGUCACUUAAUGAUGUAAUUGUCAGAAAAGUCAGAGGGAAAAAUAUUUUA